AUUUAAUACCCAAACCCCUUCUCUACUCUCUCUCUCUCUCUCAAACCACCAAUCUUCAUAAAACUCCUACACUCCCUCUCUCUCUCCUCAACCGUUUUUUCCAUUUCCAUGGCCGCCGCCUGUCCCACCGACUUCACUCACGACUCCGCCUGUCGCGACGGACGCGCCGCUGCCCACCUCAAACUAAUCUCCAUCUUCCUCAUCUUCAUCACCAGCGUCAUCGGCGUCUCCUCCCCUGUUCUCCUCACUCGCUUCUUCCACGGCAAACCUCUCUACGACAAAGCCAUCCUCACCGUCAAAUCCUUCGCCGCCGGCGUUAUUCUCUCCACCUCCCUCGUCCACGUACUCCCUGACGCCUUCGACGCACUCUCCGACUGCCGUAUCGCCUCACAGCACCCCUGGCGCGACUUCCCAUUCUCGGGCCUCGUCACCAUGGUGGGCGCUCUCGUGGCGCUGUUCGUGGACGUGACGGCCACAUCACACGUGGGACACGACCAGUAUAAUCCCGUGGAGGAGAAAGGUGGGGAGGAGUCGGGAGGGGAGAUUGGGCUUCUGGUGGCAGGGGAGAGGAAAUCGGAGGAAACAGGAGGGGGAGGAAUUAUUGGGGAAGAGGAAUCGGUGAAGAUGAAACAGAAAUUGGUAUCGAAAGUAUUGGAAAUAGGGAUAAUAUUUCAUUCGGUGAUAAUUGGAGUAACGAUGGGAAUGUCUCAGAAUCAGUGUACCAUUAAACCGCUUGUUGCUGCUCUUGCUUUUCAUCAAAUUUUUGAAGGAAUGGGACUUGGUGGAUGUAUUGCUCAGGCAGGAUUCAGCUUCACAACCACAGCGUAUAUGUGUUUCAUGUUCUCAGUGACAACGCCAAUGGGUAUAAUACUAGGUAUGAUUCUGUUUUCAUUAACAGGUUAUGACGAUAGCAACCCCAAAGCUUUGAUAAUGGAAGGUUUAUUAGGAUCAUUUUCAUCUGGGAUUCUCAUAUACAUGGCUUUGGUAGAUUUAAUAGCCCUUGAUUUUUUUCACAACAAGUUGAUGACCUCAAAUCAUUGCCUCAAAAACAUUUGUUUUAUUGCCUUGUUGCUUGGCUCUACUUCCAUGUCCAUUUUGGCUUUGUGGGCUUGAAAGUCUUAAAAAUCCCCCCUCUUUAAUAUAAAAUUUGGUUGUAAAGGUAAUAUCAAUAUCAACAUGCAUGGAUAUCAUCUCUCUUUUCAUUUCGGUUUGAUUGUUUCAAAAGUAAUAUUGCAUUAUCGUAGGUUACUGGUUUUCCA